GCCUCUAAUUGAUCAUGUUAAAGCUUUGAAAUAUCCAUUGAAAAAUGUGAACAAGUCACAGCCAUGGCUAAAGGUCCAAUUAAAAUUCAGCCCCGAGGUCAAGGAACCUGUAAUCUCGUCCACUAUCCACUCCAAGAUACGUUGACUGCGAUCGAUGAUAUCCAGCGACAGAAAUAUAACAAAGAACUUAUUUUCUGAUGCGUAGGGUUAAAUAUUUAUACCUAUUUCAGGGGUGUGAGUGAUGAAGGUGACGAAGAACUGCUCCUCAACGACAAUUAUAAACUACUCUUUCCCUGGUAUAAAACACCGAAUACGCUUACCGGCAUCAAAACAUGUUUCUGGAGGGCCCGCAAGGAGUUGAACAAAUUACUAAGACAAAACAACAAACUUAUGGGAGUUGUUCAGCCUGCUGCCUCUUCCAAAUUACCACCGAACCUUACUCCGACUCAAAAGAAACAGGUUCAAGUACAAGAACAGGUGUAUGAUGCUCAAGUUGCUGCAUCGAGAAACGUUUCUCUUUCCACUCAGGCAGCCGGUGCUCCAGAAUCCGGUCAAUCAGAGUCAAAUCAUAAUCUCUCAGCACAGAAUCACUCGGCAGUUCGUCUUCAGUCUAUCGGCCACUUUUCUCCUUGGGUCGAGCCACCCCUAGUAUAUGAUAACUUAUUAAUGAGCCAAGCAACUACGAAUCGGAGUGGGCAACCUGGAUUCGCACCCGAUUCUCGCUCUCGACAAGAACUUUAUCAAGCUCGAUUCAAUGCUAAUGCUAGAACGAGAGUAUCUUCUGAGCGUCUAUCUCUCCAGAAUGAAAGAAGACAUGGAUAUGCUACGGAGACAGACUCAGACUCCGACACCCAUACGAAGUCAGAAACCGAUGUAAUUGAUACUAGUCAACUUUCACUAACACAAACGACUUUCGAAUUACCCCGAAGACCAAAAGCCCCUAUUCAAUCGAGUAGAAAACCUCUAGAUACUCAAGAAGAUAUUGAAAUGGAGGACUAGUACGAUUGUAGCGAGUAAAGGUAACCAAGUUGGACCUUAUGGGUUUAGCAUUUUUUUGCCCCAUAUUGGCAUCAGUCCCUCUACGUGUGAGGAUGUACCGAUAGUAUAGUAGUCAUCCAAGUUUAGCGGUACUACUUCUAGGUGGUCAUCUGGUCGCUCUUUGAGAGAAGCAAUAGCAAUACAGAUAGGGGAUAUGCAUAAUGAUUCACACGAUGAUUCAAUUCCUUUACUCUCUUUGGUUUCAUCAUUGAUGAGAGUAUCUAAUUUCCUAAACAGCGCUGCGAUUUGACUGGAGGUGCUGGAUACCUCUAGUUUCAACUCGAUGUGUAGAAUUUGCUACAUGGCAAGGAGAUAAAGGGAAUGAUACCAGCGAAGCAAUAUUCUAGUCUCUCAAUCAUAAAACUGUA